CUUUCACUACGCGACACUUCUUAUCCAGGCAGGCAGGCAGGCAACGACGAUCCAUCCAUCCAUCCAUCCAUCCAUCUAGGCACUCAUUCACUCCAUCAGCCAUGGCAUCCAUGAGUCGCUCAGGCAAUCAGUACACACUCAGCGUGGCGUCGGCGUCUUCGCCGACACCACCUGGGGGAUGGGUGGUGGAAGGAUACACCAAAAACACAGACAGCGGAUUGGGGGCGGGCUGGACCGGUGGGGCUUUUCCUCAUGUGUGUGUAUGGUUUGCUUGCGACGGCAGGCAGUCAGGCAGGCAGGCAGGCGAGCGAUUGAUGACUCCGGCAAAGGAACUGAGGGACAACAACAGACAGAAAGCAGGGGAGAGCCAGGGGUAGAUGGACAUACGGUCAUUUGUGUGCCUGUGUGCUGUGUGCCCGCCCACCGACCCACCGACCUCUAUGUAUGUGUGUGUUGUCCACCAUGCUGUGUGUUUCAGCAGCAGGGGCAUCGGCGUCUGUGUUUCUUGCUCUGCUUCUUCUUCUUCUUGAAGAGUCCGGGGUACAUGGCGCGGACCUGGGCGGCGGCCAUCUUCUGCUGCUCCUUGACCAUCUCGGCCUGGCGCUCCUGCAUCUCCUGCAUCUGCUGCUCGUACUGGAUGCGCUGCUGCUCCUGAAUCUCAGCCUGCACAGUGGCCUGCUCCUCGGCCCACUUCUCGUACUCCUUCUGCUGCUUCUCCAUCUCGGCCUGCCCCGGGGGGGCCUUCUCGCAGCAGGCCCAGGAGCUCUUCUUCUUGGCGGGGGGCACGGAGCGCUCCAUCGCCUGCUGGUAGGCCUGCUCGUUGGCCUUCUGAGCCUCCGCAACGGCCUUCUCGUACUCACCUGACCACCAACCACAUCACACACAGAGACAGAGACACCAUGAGGGAGAGACGUGGAUGGAUUGUGUGUCGGGUACGUUGGUAUUCCUCCUGUGCCUUCUGCUGGUCCUUCAUCAUCUUCUCGUACUCCUUCUGCUGCCUCUCGUACUCGGUCUCGGGAGCCUUCUCGCCGCAGCAGGCCCAGGAGCUCUUCUUCUUGGCGGCCGGGACGCCCCUCUCGGCAGCAGCGGCGGCAGCCUGCUGCUCCCAGUCCUUUUGGGCCUGCUCGUUGGCCUUCUCGGCAUCCUUCAGAGCCUGCUCGUACUGACCUGCAGCACAAACAGACAGAUCCAAUGGCACAAAGACAUGCUUUGGUGCCGGUGGGGGCGAGGGGGUGGGGGAAUGGUGUAGGUACGCUGGUAUUCCUCCUGGGCCUUCUGCUGCUCCUUCAUCAUCUUCUCUUGCUCCUUCAUGGCCUUCUCGUAUUCGGUCUCGGGAGCCUUCUCGCCGCAGCAGACGCCACACGACUUCUUCUUGGGCAUGGCGCGCUCCAUGGCCUCCUUCUGCUGACGCUCAGCCUCCUUCUGCUGCGUCUCGAUCAUCUUCUGCUGCUCCUUCUGGUACUUCUCCAUCUGCUUCUGCGCCUCCUUCAUCUGCUUCUCUUGCUCCUUCUGCUGGGCCUGCACAACACAGAGACACAGAGAGAGACACAGGGAUGGAUCGGCACUGUGUCUCCCUCCCUCCCUCUCUCCCUCCGUUGUGUCGGCCCACCUGCUGGAACUUGAUGACAGCGUCCUCUGCGGCCUGGAGGAAUGCACAGGCGCAGCACUUCCAGGCCUCGACGUCCAUCUGCUUCUCGUUGACGCCGAGGUAGCGAAGGUAGCCGCGGGCCUUCCUGGGAGACAGCGCACCCUGGGCGUCCGACACGCCAUCCAAACCGGGGGGGCCGUAGUACCGACCGAUCACCGACUUCAACAUGGGCUCCAGAGGCUGUUGUACCACAGGGCAACACGCACAGAGAGAGAGAGAGAGAUAGAGAGUAGUCGACAACGGGGUUCCUUGCCUCUCACCGUCAAUGCGAGUGUGCCUUCCUGAGCGGUGUCCAUCUGCUGGAAAUGCCCCACGAGCUCCAUAUCCAGGCCGGGACGGGCUGACCAGGCAACACCACACCGACAACAAACACAACACAGGCCGACUCACGACAUGCAGAAGGAGUCAUUUCUCUCCCCCCGCCUCCCUGCACCCCUCCCCUCCCUCCCCCCGGCUGUUAUCUUACUGGAGAAGAAUUCCCCCAGGGCCUCGGCCUUCUUCUCAGCGGAGAGAGAGCCGCCCAU